AUGCCGUUGGUGUGGUUAUUGAUUAUCUAUGUUCUAGCUGUUUUAGCCAACAUACUUAACAUCCUCUUCAUUAUUUAUGACAAGAGAUUGCACAAACCAAUGUAUCUUCUGAUUUGCAACCUUGCUGUUGUUGAUUUACUGUUAGGCGUGAUAUUAACUCUUGAGGCUCGCCAUGGUUUAACGAUCGGUUCCGUCGUUGCUCACCCUCUUUUAAAUCCUUUGGUGUAUUGUCUUAGGACAAAAGAAAUUAAAUGUAAGAUCUUUAGGAUAUUCAAAAAAGUUGAGACACCUCAGUAG